CCACACAGCAGCGUCCGCUGUAGCAUCAGCACUCGAGCUCAAAGCUCAGCUGCUCAUUCUGCGAGAAGAGGCACCUUGCACAAGUCGACCACCACUGGAGAAGAUAAAGAUGACAUGUUCUGCUCCUCUUCCUCCACAACUUGAUUCUCCGGCGAUGCGUUUGGAUUAAGUUUCCGCGUCAUUUGGAGAAGCACGAUCGGCGUGUGGGCAAAAAUGAGGAUAACUUUCGCUUACCGUGUAUGAUGAUGUCCAAGAAUGAACGCAGAUUUUCAAAAUCCACUGCAAGUCCCUCUACCAAAGGUCCGCAGUCAUCUCACCAUCAAAGUGCAGUCCAAGCUAAUGUCGAGACCUUGUCCCACUGUCCAAGGUCCAAAACCUCCUGUUGCCCCCAAGCCCAGACCCCUGUAUGAGCCUUACCCACAGGGGGAGCCCUGUGCUCAGCAGAGUCUCAGUAAUGGAGAUGUGGCUCACUCUGAUGGAGAGACUGAAGAGCUCCAUGAAAUGGAGAAUCAGGACCAAGAGGAGAAAAGUGAGGCACAGGAAGGGGAUAAUGACAAAGGGGACACAAUAGAGACAGAAACUAAAAAGGAAUCAGAAAAUGAAGAAGAAAUAUUAGAUAAUAACGGUGAUGUAGACAGCAUCGGCUCUGAUGACACAGUCAAAGCAGAUGAUAUUUCCACUGUUGACACUACUGAGAAUGAAAAUGAUGACACUGACUUGAACUCCCCUGAAGAUGGCAGUCGCACUGAUGAUGAUGAGAAUACACCAGCACCUUCUCAAACUGAAACAGAAGAAGAAGCAGGAGAGGAGGAUGAAGAAGUAGAGGAGAAGAGAUUAACUGAAAAGACUGAAAUACUUUGUGAGCCUGCAGAACACUCAGAUGAAGCUUUAGAGGAAUCAGACGCUGAUCAAACCCAGUCACUCAACAACAGUGAACCGAAGGAGGAAGUCAGUGAAGAAAGUGACGAGCAUCUGCACCAUGACUCACUUAUAAAUGAGAAUGAACUGACAGGUGGAGGGUUUGCCUUUGGAUUCAGCAUGCUUCCAACUGUAACUGAGGAAUAUCCCUACGAUGUGAUUGGUCCCACAGACGAUGCUAGUGAUACAUGUGAGUCAUGCGACCCAGCUGAAACAGGGGACACCGAGGUCUGGCAACCAGAACGGGCAACCAAGGAUCCUUCCGGCUGUUUCCGAUUCACAUCCAGCACGGAGGAUGUGUUUGGGCCUUACUCUGUCAUACAAGCUGUUCCGGGAGAUGUGACUGACACUGCUGACCCUGAGUGGAAUCAGGAUGAUACUGAUGGGAAGCCUUCUACCACAGAUGAAGAGCACACAACAGGCUAUGCUUCUAACCAGGAACCUUACUAUGUGUCAUCAGAUGAUGUGGACAAGUUGGAGGAUAAGCAGGCACUUUCAGAACUGGGGCACAUCGAUGAGGCCACUGAACAGUCAAACGAGCACACAGAAAAGACAAAGGACAGCGAGUCAGCAGAUGAGUAUGCAAACAUUGAUGAUUCACUCUGCCCUAAAGACGAUGACCUUGAGCAGGUAGAGUGUGUCUCAUCAGAGGAUUACAUCGAGAUAGGUGAUGACGAUGAAGAGGAAGCAGAGGAAAAGAAGCAUUUCCGAGUAAAAAGUGCAAAAGAAAGAAACGCCAAAAGAGAGCAGGCUCUGCGCAGCCAAAGAAAAAGCUGCCAGCCUCGGCUCAGGUUGUGUAAUAUCACAGUGCCAGCUGACCUAGACCUGGGCCGAACCCCAGAGCUAACCAACAGGGUGGUGUUUGCCCACACGACCGAGGCCUUUGAAGAAGACAUAGAGGAACUGGACUGCCAUAUUGUGCCUUAUUAUGAAGACACAGACUCCGAUAGUGAAGAGCAUAUUUAUGAAGAGGCAGGGUUUGACUCAGAAGGGGAGAAUUUUGUGACACUUGAUCGAAAGACAAUAGUCACUCGAUCACGAUCCUAUUCUGGGAAAGUUCCUGGUUAUGUCCCGGAAACGGUACCAGAGGAGACAGGGACGGAAUACCAGACCCAUGACUACUACACGGUGUCCUUGGACAAGUACAGUGAGUCUACCAGCCACCCCCAGCAAGCAGGUAUAAACUGUGUGAUUCCAUCUAUGAAGUCUCGCCGCUUCUUGUUAUACUCACGGUCUGCAGAUGGCCCAGACGUGUCCUUGAGCAGCCCACUUGAGAUGGGUCAAUCAUUGAAAAAUGAAAUCAGGAUGAAGAGAAAGGAUGACACCCUUUCCCUUCCAUGUAUGAUAACUUCUUCUGGAAGUUUCUCCCAGCGUAGCCAUCAGUCCUCCAGUGGUGUUUCCACACCAACUUCUCUAGUGGACAUCCCUCCACCAUUUGAGCUGGCUUACAUCACUAAAAGACCAGUUACCAAGAGUUCCCCAUCCCUCCUCAUCCAACACGAACCCAGUGACCUACCUAAAAAGAAGAAGUCCUCCUUUAAGCGCUUUUUAGCUCUGAAGUUCAAGAAAAAGACAGAUUCAAAGGGAUUCAGUGAUGGAAGUGUCCGCUCUUCGCGUUCUUCCUCUGAGUCAAGCCACCACGGUCCAGUGAGAGUCAUCGAGCUUGAUCGCAGAAGCACUGGGAGCUCUCCUCAGCCCCAGUCCCGCAUGGUGAAACCUCAGCAGCGUCCUUCAGACCUCCCAUCCACCUUUCUCCUUUAUAAAGACCAGCACAGGAGGAAAGGAGACCCCAAAGCUUAUGGCAGGAGCGUCUCUAGAGUGGAGUCCUUCGAGGAGCGCUCUCGCCGCUCUGCCAUGCCGCUGCCUUUGACCAAACCCCGCUCUAUCUCGUUCCCCAGUGCAGAUACCUCAGACUACGAAAACAUCCCAGCCAUGAGCUCAGACUAUGAGAACAUCCAGAUCCCAGGCAGACCCACUAGAUCCCACACUGUUACUGAGUUUUUUGAGGAUCCAAACCGUUCAACAGUCCCCUGCAAUGAGAAUGAUGGCUAUGUGGAUAUGAACAGUUUCCCUGGGAUUGACAGCAAACCCCAGCCAUCGAAAUCGGACAAUGAAAGUGCCUACACAGAGCCUUUCCCAAUGAACCCCGUCUCUGCUGGGCUGUCAGCGGAUGAGGACCACGGGCGUACCUCUGAGGAGGAAGAGGGGGCAGUAGAGCAGGGUUAUGAACGACAGAUUGAUGGCCGAUCCCGAGCGUUCUACAUCGCCAAAGAGCUCGUCGACUCAGAGAGACUACACAUCAGCGGCCUGAAGCACCUUCAGGAGGACUUUAGGUCAGCAGUGACUGAGGCGGUGGAUGAGGAAGGAGAGCCAGUGCUGGAGGAGCAGAGGCUGGGGGAAAUACUGGGAGUGCUGCCUGAGGUGUACACCCUGCACAGCAGCAUCUUUACUGAGCUGGAAGAGCGUAUUAGUCAAUGGGAGGAGAGUCCAAAAGUUGCAGAUGUGAUCUUGUCACGUCGGGACAACUUCAGCGCGUUUGACACCUACAUCUCCGAGUACGACCGCAGCAUGUCUUUGCUCGAGGAGAGCUGCAGGAAAAACCCGGCUUUCGCCAAAAUCGUCAAGACGUUUGAGACAAGAAGCCCAGAAGAAGCAGAAGUCCCACUGAAACACCAGCUGCUGCAGGUUAUAGUGAGAGUGCUUCAAUACCGCAUGCUACUCACAGAUUACCUGAACAACCUCUCUCCUGAUUCCAAAGAAUACGAGGACACUCAGGCUGCCUUGGUGAUUGUGUCCGAGGUAGCCGACCAGGCCAACGACAAUCUGAAACAGGGGGAAAACUUGUUGCGUCUGGUCCACAUUGAAUACAGCGUGAAAGGGAAGAGGGACCUUCUGAAACCUGGAAGGAUGUUUGUCAAAGAGGGCACACUCAUGAAGGUCUCCAGGAAAAGUAGGCAACCUCGGCACCUGUUUCUGAUGAACGACAUAAUGCUGUACACCUACCCUCAGCAGGAUGGGAAAUACAGGCUCAAGAACACACUGUCUCUGUCAGGGAUGAAGGUGAGCAAACCCACGCUGGGCAAUGUGCUGAACUGUCUUAAGAUUGAGGUGUCCGACAUCACUAUUACACUCUCUGCCAGUUCUGUUGGAGAAAGGGAGGACUGGUUCCACACGCUAAGUCGAGCCAUAGCGGACCACGCGGCGGGACUCUGCACAUUUGGCGGGCCCUGCAGUGAGGCCCGUGAGAAAUUGUGGAUGGCGCUGGGCGAGGCUGCACCUGUCCUCGUGCCAGUUUCUCAUGUGAUGAUGUGCAUGAACUGCACCUCCGACUUCAGCCUCACUCUCAGACGACACCACUGCAAUGCGUGUGGCAAGGUGGUGUGCCGGGCUUGUUCCAGAAACAGAUAUCCUCUGAAGUACCUCAAAGACAGACUGGCUAAAGUGUGCGAUCACUGUUAUGCCGAGCUCAGGAAAAGAGGUGGAAGUGUGUCAGCUGCCUGUGAUAACUCCAGCCCUCGGACUCACCGGGCCAGUCGUCCCCUCUCCGCUGUCUUCCAGAGUCUGCAGCCGCCUAGUCUGUGGAAGUCCCGAAAGAGCAUAUCCCCUCUGACCCAGGUGUCACUUGGUGUGGAGGGCUCCACCAUGAGUGGGAGUUUGCAGCGCAGGAAGAAGAGCAAAAGGAAGUGGAAGCGACUGUGGUUCCUCCUCAAAGACAAGGUGCUCUACACCUUCACAGCCAGUGAGGAUAAAGUGGCUUCAGAGAGUCUGCCUCUGCAGGGCUUCACCGUCAAGCUGACUGAGAGGCCAGAGGGAGAAGAAAGCAGUAACGUAUUCCAUUUGUACCACAAGAAAACACUCUACUACACCUUCAAAGCAGAUGAUCAAAACACUGCUCGCAGAUGGGUCAAUGCCAUGGAGGAGGCCACUAUUUUAUAGCAUCUGCUAAGUUAAAUAAAUGACGCAUCCACUCCGUGACUGCAGCAAAGCUACCUGCUGCAUGUGAACUCAGUCCAUCAGUAAGGAUUCGUCACAUCAGGCCUUUUGUGGGAUAUUGAGUGACAAUUCAAACACCUGGGAGAUUUUUCCUCAAAGGAAUUCUGCUGUAUGGAGAAGAGCAGCAGAAUCCUCGAGUCGGAUUUCACAAGAGCCUUCAGGAGCAGCUCAGAUACCUUAAAUACGUCACCUGAGAGAAAAAUUUUUAUUUCUUCUGUUUUCACCUUUUUUUUUCAGAUGUCUGCACUUUUUCCUUUUUUUUUUUUUUUUGCUUUUCUGGUGUAUUUUACCCGACUUUCCACUGGACUGUUAAACCACUCUUUGUCUUCUGCAGGAGACGUCCUUUCAUAUCAGUUUCGUUGCAGUUAUGCAUGGUAACUGCAAAGACAUGAAAAAUAACCUUUGCUUCAGGGUAGUAUGCAUAUCUUGUAAAGGGGGAAUGGAGAGAUACUUGGUAUUCUGAAUAUAUAUUGUGAAGUAUACGCUGCAGAUACUGAAGUGAGUUAGAUGAUUUAUCUGUAUAAAAAUUGUGAUUCACGAUGUCCCCAAUAAGGGUUCGUUUUAAUCAUCAUAGUAUGUGUACAUUAUUGUUCUUGUGGAGUUUUACACAGUUUUACUCUUGUGUUGAAUCUGCAAAGUGAAGAAAUGACCCUCGGCAUGCCGUCCGCUCUAAAGCAUUUGUCAAAGGAUGAACAAUUUUGAAGAUACUUUGUAUUUUUUAAAAGUCUUUUAGAAAUUUUUCACACAGCUCUGAAGUGCCAGUUGCUUUCUUCCUGUUGAAUGCAGUGCAUUUUGCAAGUGAUGAUGAAUGUGCCUCACUCUUUAUGUUAUCACAGUACUGUACGGAGGGACCUUGCUUUUUAAUCUAUUCUUACAUAUACUUUAACCUUAUAGUAUUUUUGAACAGGUCAGUUACUGUGCACUCACAUAAGAACAUGUUAUUGUGCCAUUUUUAUGAGGGCCUUUUUUAAUGCUGUAUAUAUAUGCUGCUAGAUAUAAUCAUACUUUGGCUGCUUUAUUAUACAAAAGCUUCUUAAAAAUGCUGUCAAACUACCUUCAUCCUCACAGUAUUAGAGUGAUCUCAGCCACUCGUGCCACAGUAUUUCACUCAUAAUCAGAUGCAGUUUCUCUUAAAUAACCCAUCCAAUGGCAUUAUCUGUUCCUUUCAGAAUGAAGAUCCAUCAUCAGACAAGCAGCAUGAUAUCAAAAGCACAUGUUUGAGUACUGUUCAGCUUUUCUACCCGUUUCCUAUAGCUCACACCUACAGUGUUACUAUCGUUGUACCUCUAUAGCAUAUACUGCAUUGUAAAUGUUUAUGUAUAUAGAUGCAUAUAAAAAAAUAAACUACAUUAAAAAUGCUUACUUAGUGGGCGUUCGCUGUGCUGUGCUGCAGGCUUGUUUCUUUUUUGCAUUAUAAUUCAGUAUCAACAAUAACGAGCGACUGUAAAAUGAUACCCACUGCAACAGCAUAGUAACUUUUUGUAUGUGUGUGUGGUUCUGGCUUUGCUGAGGAUAGUUACAAGCACAACAGCACUGGAUGCUCAGAAAUGGCUGUGCACUUCAUCCUCUUCUCUCCGACAGAAUCGUCUGUUGUAUUAUUAGGAUUUAUUCACGUCUUGUUGCUAUGCAUUGUGUGUUUUUUGUACUGAUGUUCACGCUGUGCUUAUCUCCUCCUGGUGAUAAAUACCGGGGUGAUGGAGAAAUGAGAACACAAUGUACCUAUCCUUCUCUAUUGCCUGUGGUGCUGGAAAAAUACAGCUUGGUUAAGUGACCCUUUAAUCCAGAAGGGGGCAGCACUA